AUGGCCGAAUAUCAAGGGCGAUCGCUCUCGGGCGCCUCGGGCGAGAGCUAUGGAGGGAUGAGUGACUCAGAGAUGCAGCAAAACCAGUUGGAGGUCGUUUUCUACCCCGAUGCCAACCACCGCCGCAAAUCGUCCCUCGUUACAAUGGAGAAACCACGAAUCAGACCCCAUUUCGAUCAGCAUGACAAGUCUACAGCUUGCUAUGUGCAUUCCCUUAUCGCCGGCGAAUGGGCCGUACCAUCGACCCAUAUGGACGAGACGCAGGAUGUGAUCCGCACGCUGAGUGAUGAGGAGCCCAAUGUGGGCACAAAGUCUGUCGACGACGACGCUGUGGUAUCUGUUAUUGACAGUGAUAAUAAGUUCCUCAAGCCAGUACCGACUGUCAUUCAAUCGCGGCACUUAACGAAGCGACAACUGUCUGAUAUGGCAUGGAACGUGCGGAAGCUGUCGAAGAAACUGGGCAGUAUCAAACUCAAGCUCACGGUCAAGAACGUCUUCAUCGUGAGCAAAACACAUGACGAGUCAGUGGUCAGUCUAACUAGGAAAGUGACUCGAUGGCUCCUGUCCAAGGACCGCGACGCGCCGUAUAAUGUCUAUGUGGAGCGCCGCCUCGAGACACAUCCGGAUUUCGGAGCAUUGCAGCUAGUGCAGGAGGAGCCAUCAGCUAAGGGCCGGUUGAAUUACUGGGAUCCCAAACUUGCACAAGACCAGCCGCAUAUGUUCGAUUUCGUUAUCACCCUCGGAGGAGAUGGAACGGUCCUCUACACGAGCUGGUUGUUCCAGCGUAUCGUGCCACCAGUCCUAUCAUUUGCACUCGGGUCAUUGGGGUUCAUGACAAAAUUCGACUUUGCCGAUCACCAAAAAAUUCUGGAGAAUGCUUUCCGGGAAGGCGUCAUCGUCAGUCUCCGAUUACGCUUCGAAUGCACGAUAAUGCGAAGCAAAGCGCGAUUGAAAGACCCCGAUUCAAGGGCUCUCACAAGCCGGGAUCUGGUAGAAGAAUUGAUUGGAGAGGAAGGAGAAGACACAUUGACACAUAGUCCGGACCGAGUCUACGAGAUUCUCAACGACGUCGUUCUGGACCGGGGUCCGAAUCCAACUAUGUCUCAAAUCGAACUGUUUGGCGACGACGAGCAUUUCACAACCUUGCUUGCGGACGGAAUCUGCAUUGCAACCCCGACGGGCUCGACGGCGUACAAUCUCGCUGCGGGCGGUUCGCUUUCGCACCCGGAGAACCCCGUUAUUCUGGUAACCGCCAUUUGCGCCCACACCCUAUCCUUCCGACCGAUUAUCCUACCGGAUACCAUUGUGCUACGCAUGGGUGUGCCUUACGAUGCGCGAACCAGCUCGUGGGCUAGUUUUGAUGGACGUGAGAGAGUCGAAUUACAUCCCGGCGACUACGUGACCGUGUCCGCGUCGAGAUAUCCCUUUGCCAAUGUACUGCCCCAGGAUCGACGCGGCGAAGACUGGGUGCACAGUAUUUCCAAAACCUUGAAUUGGAAUUCACGAACCAAACAAAAGAGCUUCAAGUAG